AUGGAUGUUGUGUCCUCCGGACUAAAGAGUAAAAGGACCAUCCAGAUUGUUACCAGUACAAACUUCAAAGUUGGCAUCCGUGAUGUUCAGAUCACACACUACAAACAGUAUCCUCCAAAUGUCAGCAAAAUCUACUCCUACUUUGAAUGCAGACGCAAGAAAGGCUCCCAGUUUAGUGAAGUGGUGUUCUUUGGUCUUCAGUACCUGCUGAAGAAAUACCUCAUAGGCCCAGUGGUCACAGAAGAGAAGAUUCAGGAAGCCAAGCUCUUCUACCAGAUGCACUUCAAACAGGCUGUGUUCAAUGAGGAAAGCUGGAGGAAAAUCCUUGAGAAACAUGAUGGCCGUCUUCCUAUCCGGAUCAAAGCUGUCCCCGAGGGAAGGAUUAUACCGAGAGGCAACGUGCUCUUCACUGUGGAAAACACAGAUCCUAACUUCUACUGGCUCACCAACUACAUUGAGACCAUGCUAGUCCAGAUGUGGUAUCCUAUCACAGUGGCCACCAUAUCCAGAGAGUUCAAGAAGAUCCUGGCCAAACACCUGAAGGCCACCUCUGGGAGCCUGGAAGGUCUGGACCUGAAACUGCAUGACUUUGGCUACAGAGGAGUCUCUUCACAGGAGUCUGCAGCAUUAGGUGGAGCAGCUCACCUGGUUAAUUUCUGCAGUACAGACACAGUGGCUGGGCUGCUAAUGGCUCAGCGAUACUAUGGCUGCCCAAUGGCUGGCUUCUCCAUUCCAGCAGCAGAGCACAG